AGAUUCAAAAAUCUGGAGUGUUGAAAAAAGCCAUUGACCAUAUUCGACAACUACGGAAUCUUAAUAAUCGUCUCCGACAAGAAAAUGCCUCAUUCAAAAUAAAGCUGCAACAAAUAGGUUAGUGAAAUAAUUAGAAUUUGAAGGACUUUUGUAGAUGGAAAUUUCGAGCUUCCGAUUAUAUAAAAUUUUAAGCAGGUUUCCCACUAGGCGGAAGUUUGCACGCGGGGCGGAAUUUUUCUUUGUAUUUUCUAAUUUGUUCCACCCGAGAAAUCACAAGACAAAGAAAAAUUCUGCUCUGCGCGCAAAUUCCGUCUAAUGGAAAACCGGCUUUAAGGGCCCAUACAGACCGAACGCGAUUCGACUACGCGACGCGAAUUUUAAGUUUUUAAAAACAAAUAAAACCGACAACGGAUAAAAAUUUUACAAGAUACGCAGACCAAAUAGCUAAAAUUGCUUAAGGCUGUUUUCCACUAGGCGGAAUUUUGCGCGCGGAGAGGAAUUUCUCUUUGUCUUUUCUAAUUAGUUCCACCCGAGAAAUCACAAGACAAAGAAAAAUUCCGCUCCGCGCGCAAAAUUCCGCCUAGUGGAAAACCGGCUUGAAGUGCUUCCGAAUAUUUGAAAAACAUAGAAAAAUAUUGAAGUUAAGGAGGCUCCCUACAGUUGCGUGCGGGAUCUUCGCGGGACCAGUACGUGAACUAUCCCACGCAACCGCAUGAUCAAAACAAAACAUUUUCUUUUUAAAAAAAAGCUAUUUCUGAAAGGUUUCUAAUGGGAAAAAGCGUUGAAUAAUACUUCGUUUUGAGUGCCAAAUUACUUGCGAGUCUAUACAGCAAUUCUACAUAUGAUACGAAUACCACUAGACCAAAAAUAGCUACGAAACAAUGUGUUUUAAUGUUUUUAAAAUAUACAUUGUCAACUGUAAAACAUUUGCAAAAUUGCAUACAAACGUUUAAAAAGUUGUUUAUUUCUUAAGAAAACGUUCACGUUUUUAGUCGUGUUUCUACAAGAUUAAUGUGAUUAUAUGUAAACAGAAAAAUAUUUCAGUUUCAUAGCCUAAUUGUUCAUUUUUAGCAAAAAGUACAAAACCAAACAUGAAACAAAAAAAAACACGUCCACCUGUUAGUAGGCUGUUACAGCUCAUAGAUUGAGUAAACGGCAGGAUUCAAUUAGCUUCAACCUUCAAUCGAUUUAAUCCUUCACAAUAAUCCUUGGCUGUCCAUAGCGCAUUCAAAUAAAUCGAAAAAUUGACAAAAACAAAACAGUAGAAACAACAUUGCGGCUCGAUUUUGCUGAAUGAAAACUCGUUCUGCGCCCGCGUACAAUCUUUUACUAGUCAGCGACGCUUUUCAACAGGGGAAUUUCUCGAGGAAUUUCUCGAGUUACACAAGGCUAUUUUCUAACUUUAUUUGUAUUUUACUCAUUAGUUUCAUCGGUGACCUAUCUUCAAAUUUUGACCACGAAUUUAUUUUGCGGUAAAUUUUAUAAAUUUCAAAUUUUAAAAAAAUCUGUAGUGUGGAAAUUUCGCAAUAAAUAUUUCGCUUUUACAAAAAUCACACACUACAGAAUUCUUUUAAACUUUCACCACAGUUGCAGAGCAUCAUUCCUUAUUGAUAUAUGAAAUAAAAAAGAUAGGUCACCGACAUCGUUUUUGAGAUAGCGGCACAUUUAUGGGUUAAAUUGGAAGGCUUUAUGCUGUCGUCAUGUUGCCAUGGGAACAUUGACAUCGUCGAAAUCUAGUUCGAAAUAUUCCUUAGGUGACCAAUAUUGCCACCAAGUCGAAAAGAAUUUGCGUUUUGCACGAAUAAGCCUGUUUUACGGAAUUAUUGCUUAAACAAGAAUAACUGUAGGGAGCCACCUUAAGCCACCCCUCGCGUCGCGUUGCCAAAUCGCGUCCGGUCUGUAUGGGCCUUAACAUCCGCGCGGAGCGGUCGAGCGGAAUUUCUCUUUGUUUUUUCUAAUUUAAAUGAUUUCCACCCGAGAAAUCACAAGACAAAGAAAAAUUCCGCUCCGCGCGAAAAAAUUCCCCCCUAGUGGAAAACGACCUUAGGACCCAGCUCCGACAAAUGCAACUAUAUAGGCCCUCUGGUAGGAAUCGAAUAUAAAUACAAUAUAUUAUAAUAGUUUUGGAAGUAGAACGAAGAAGAACUAAGAACUAAGAAGUAGAACGUUUAAGCUCUGGCAGUUCAUAGAAAAGUAAUCGGAAUGUUUGUAGAAAUAACACAGUAAUUGAUCUGUAUUUUUUUGAAAGUUUUUUUUAGUCUGCAUAACAUUAAAAAUUACUUGAGUAUUUUGGAAAGAUCGAUUUAACUUUGCUUAGGUGUGUUGAACUGUAUGAAGGCUGAUGAUACGGAUUCCGUGAGUUCGAAUGAAGUUCUAGCAGAUCCGCUUACGCCUGAAAGUUUAAUGGAGACUCACAGCAACUCUAGUCCUCCUUCAUCUCCUGAUGAUUCUUUGCAUACAGAAAAUGUUCACAUGUUUGAUCGAACUCGUCUUGGCAUGUGCAUGUUAAUGAUGUCCUUCUUCGUCUUCGAUCCCUUCAACUUCAUUUUCUCAUGGCAGCAAGGUAUGUAACUAAAUUUUAUCGCCAAUGUAGUAUAAAUAUGGCGUUUCAUGGUUGAUUCGCAGUCCGGCGUUUUACUAACUUAAACUGGCUAGGUUUUGGUCAUCAUUGAGACCUUACGAUGUGAAGGGCGGUAAAACGAGGACGACGGCCAAAACAAACUCAUUCAAAUAAUUAUUUAAGGAGGUACUAAAGGCAGGGGUUUUAUACGUCAGAAGCUCUGGUCCGAAGAUUUCGCUAACCUGCAAUCAGGCCUUUAUUUUUAACAAUCUGGUCUUGAAUACAGUUGUUAUAAACAGUGCAUGGCGUACGCAUGUGCAUAUAAUAAAGACCAGCGAGAGACUUCAAAUCCACACUCUAAUUUAUCUUCCUCCCCAUUCAGCUUCAGUUUCUACUCAAUGUCAUGCAAUAAUUGCUGUUACUUCUUCAUCUUGAACAUUCUGGUAUCACAACAUUCUCAUGCAACAGUAACGUUCUGUUGCUUUUCAGGUUCCAUGUCGUCCCCGCAAGGAGAAGUAAAUCAUGGACGUUUACUAAUGGCUGAAGAUCCAUUGAACACGCCGCCACAACCUCUGUCAAAAUGGUUGUUGACGACGUUCGUACUUGGCCUGUUCUUCAGAACAUUCGCAAUAUUAUUUAUAUUUCUAAAGUUGUUCGUAUUUGGUGAACCAUCCUUGCAACCUGAUUCUAAGAUUGCAGCAAAGUACUGGGCGUUUAAGCGACGAGCAGAUCUCACUCUAGAAAAGGUACCUGUUUUGCCAAGUCUACAAAAUAAUAUCCAAUACGACAGUAUUUCUAUUGCCGGUUGAAUGAUCAUUGGCAGUGUAUUGAUAGCGAGGCCCUGUUGUGAUGUUUCAUUCUAGUCGAUAAUCUUAUUCUGGUAGCAUGAGGAUAAUCCAUAUACAUGACCUAGAUUUGCCUUGAAUGUCGAACACCCUAUUACUGCAUACAUACAUAUAAAAACCGAAGGUAACCAAGGCAUAGUCAGAGUUGUGCCUAUAGUCCUUGGCAUAUACAAUUACUUUAUGGUUUCCGUGUUUGGAUGGCGCGAUUUUGCGCGCUUUUCUUAACUCGAGCAAACAUUCCCAAGUGUUUGGAUCAGGCCAUCCAAACACGGAAACCAUAAAGUAAUUGUUUUAUAAAAUAACAACACGAUAGUCUUCCGUGUUUGGAUGGCCUGAUCCAAACACGGGUUUCAACCAAUCAGAGCACGUGUUAUAUACAUGUUAUUUUAUAAUACUUUUUGCCUAGUGUCCUUCGUGCUCAAUGCUUAUAGAUAUUUUCCCAUUAAAUGUAUCGGGAUUGUUAUUUCCAAACCAAUUUAUGCAUAAGUGACGGGGUUUCUAUAUGUCUUCUGCUGUUGUCGUCAUGGUCACAUCAGGGAUGAAUCCAGCAUGAUCUGGCAAUAUCGCUUAUCAUCAUGUCACGAGUAUUGCUGAGUAUUUACCUUUUUUCAGAAAGCGGUAUCAAUUUCCUGUGCGUAAUACAAAAUGACUGAAAAACGGCAAACUUCGCAGGGCUAUAUUAUCCGCAUUUUACAACAUUUCGCAACGAAACUUCGGAAUAUUACUAAUUUUGUGAUGCUCUUUCGAGCUGUGAUGAAAUUGUUGCCUAGACCUGUCUAGAUCAAAAUUUUGUUCAUUAGGGAAUAGGUCCAUUGAUGGGUCCGGGAAUGUUGGCAAUCUAAAUUCAUACAAUAAGCAAUUAUUGGAUAAGGCUGAGCAUGAUAUCAAGAAUUAUUCAGACCGAGGUCAAUGUUAUCUGCCGAAGCGAAGCUGAGGCGGAUAACAUAGACCGAGGUCUGAAUAAUUCUUGAUAUCAUGCGAAAGCAGAAUCCAAUAAUUGUUUUAUUAUACAUUUAAAGACAUGAGAAACGUAUAAAACGAUUCCUGUUCAUGAGGUAGGAAAAGUACAAUUUGAAUAUCAAACACCUUGCACAAAGUCAAAGGUCAGCUAAAUAUUAUAUUUCUACUUCUAUUUACCCAUUUGUGGCUUUUUUCGUGCUUUCACUAUCCUUAUCUGCCAAUAAUUUGGAGAGUUCACUUUCAUUCAGCGAAGCAAAUCUGCUGUCGGCCAUUGUUUGGGUUUUUUUCCCGCGCUUUAGGUUCAAGCUUUUGGCCGCGCAAGGGUUUGGGCACGAGAGAGUCCAAUAAUUUUUUUUUUGGAUGCAAGUUCGAUCCAAAAAAACAAUUAUUGGACGCUGAUGACGUCAUUGGCGGAAAAUACGUAAUAAAUGCCGAAUACUCAAAAUUAGCCGGUGCUUUCUGACCAAUUAGAAACGAGAAUACAUAUUAAAUGUAUAAUAAUGGGGAUUAAUAUAUACAAGCACUUUCCUACCACCGAUAUACAGUAGUGAAAACUCAAUCUUCAAUUUUUUCUUCAAUGGAGUUAUUGAACUUAACCUUUCACCGUAGUUAGUUUUUCACAAUUUGCUUUGAAGAAAUUGUAACAAAUGUGAAUUGUUAAAUGAGGAAAGUACUUGAUCGUUGUUUUUUUAACAGGCCAUUAAAAACCUGUUUUAAACUGGUUAUAUAUAUUUUUGCCCAAAAGUGCUGUCUGAAUGCCGGAAAUGUUAUUUCAUUGGGACAAAAUCAAGAAUUUUCCGGGGGUGAGGGAUUUUGGUGGAUGAGCGGUCUCCUUCUAAAACUCUAUAUUAUCUUCCAAAAAAAGUGGUAGCAGACUAAAAUGCUUGUAUUAAUCCUUGCUACUCUGACUUUGAAAUGUCAGCCACUGUUUCUGAGAACUUAAUGAUUCAUCUCUAAUUUUUCAUACAGGGAGACUAUAUUGAGGGCAGUAAAGUACUUGGUAGAUGUCUGGAGAUCUUGGGCCGACCACUCCCUACAUCUCGGCUGGAUAUGACAUGUAGUCUGCUGUGGCAUAUAUUCAGACAGGUCGUUCACCGCUUGUUAGUUACAAGAUGGUUGACUGCUAAAGCUGCACAAUGGUGUUCAUUACGAACUGUUCAUGAAAAAGAUUUGGAAUAUCGUCAAGAAUCUGCCAAGCAGGCGGCUUUAGUUCAUCAUCAACUACACCAGCUGUAUCUCACAGGUAUACUGAAUUUCUUUGAAAAUCCUUAUUACAGUAUGUGCUCUAAAUUUUUCGUAAGAAAACGACCUUAUUCACCAUAUACACGAGCUUUAUACAGAGAACUCGAAAAGGUUUAAUAACUAAAGUUGUUGAAUUUAUUAUGAAACACCAACGUGCAAACACAGAGCCUGAAUUGCGAAAAAAUGUCAGACCAAAGAAGGAUAAAGUGAAAUUUGAUCGGAAUUUUUGAAUAUGUUUUGUACAACUCGACAUAAUGCUAUUAUAUUUACUAUAAUAUUAUAAUUCUAACGAUUAUAGUAAUGUGAAAGUAAUGGAUACUUCGAUACUUUUGUUUGGUAAACACGAGGCAAUUUUUGCUGCAACUUGUAAAGCAGUUUCUGACAUAGAGCAAUGGUAUCUAAAAAGCUUUCGCAGGGAAAUUGUGAGCAUGAUCCACAGUUAUUCUACCGACAUUUUUCAUCCCAUUUAUUUAGUAUUUCAUCGCUAAGAGAAAGUUAUGUAAAAGUGUCAGCAGAGCCAGAGUAGAACGUAGGCCUUGCUGACAAUAGACCUUUCCCCUUUUGAGUGAAAUUUCGAUCUGGACAAAGAUUUCAUCACAGCUUGAAAGAGCAUCACAAAAUUAGUAAUAUUCCGAAGUUUCGUUGCGAAAUGUUGUUAAAUGCGAAGUUUGCCGUUUUUCAGUCAUUUUGUAUUACAAAUGGGAAAUUGAUAAUCAGUUUGAUCAUCUGAUUAUCAAUUUUCCGUUUGUAAUGCAAAAUGACUGAAAAACGGCAAACUUCGCAAGGCUAUAUUAUCCGCAUUUUACAACAUUUCGCAACGAAACUUCGGAAUAUUACUAAUUUUGUGAUGCUCUUUCAAGCUGUGAUGACAUUUUUGUCCAGGCAUAUCCAGAUCAAAAUUUCACUCAUAAGGGGAAAGGUCUAUUUCCUUGCGAAUACUUUUUAGUUAACAUGGCUCUGUAUCCGAAAUUGUGUUGCAAGUUGCAGCAAAAAAUUGCCUCGUGUAACAUGAAAUUGAAAUAUCUUAUUAUAUCAUUAUAAUAAGAUAUACAUACAUACUGAAACUCAGUUUUUAGUGCAAAGUUGACGAAGUCAAGUUUGUACUAUUGUUAUGGGGGUGCAAGGCAUUACAUCAUUACGUGACUCAACAAUCGAUGGAUGGAUGUAUAGUGUAAACAAUCCGGGGGGAGCGCUUGCAAAUUAUGUUCUGUAGAUUUGCAACGUUCGGCCAGCAUAAAUAUUAAAAAAUUUCAAAUUCAAUUUUAUAUUUUUAUUCACAACGACAUAUGUUCUUCUGUCUUACAUAUAUUAUCUAACAUUUAGAGAAACAAUGAUAAAAUAGAUAUCAAUUUUAAGAUAUGAAUGUCCAAUAUGUGUAACGACUUUCUUGCCCUCCAUGCAACAAAAUCAAAUGAAACAACACACGUGCUCUGCACUGCUCCAAUUUUAAUAUGGCAGUUUCGGAGGAGUCGCAGUACAAUGUCGUGUAUAGAAAGGGUUGAUCAAAGUCAAAGAUGCAGUCAAUUUUAACCUUGUUUUUGUGCUUAUACUAUCUAACAAAGAGACAGAGUGAUACAGUAUAUAAAAAAUAGGUACGCUGUAGCGUACAUGGCGUCUACUGUAUCAAAAACAAAGAAUGUCAAUGACGUCCGGUUUAUAUUGACAUCUCCGACUUUCGAGUAGGGAAGAUUAAAAUAUCUCGGCAAGUAUUUGCCCGCCCAUUAAAACAAAAACCACCGUUGAAAUCCUCAUAAAACAACCUUUCGAAUGGUGGGUCAAAUGACGUCAUAACAUUACACAAACCAAAAUACAAUCGUAUAUUUACUCACCGCUUGGCCAAACAUUCUGUACUUCAUAUGAAGAAAAAAUUGAAUACCUUCAAACUGACUCUUCAGACUAAGUCAAUAGAACUGAAAUACUCCUUGUAUUCAAGUGCUUUCAUGUAGAAAGUUUCGUUUGAAUGCGGCGGACUAGAAAUGUUUAUUUUGAAUUUUUCGGAAUAUCUGGUUAUUACUCGCACGCGCUAAAAUUGGCCAAUAAUGAACAUCGUAGCCAUAGAAUCGAUUUCCGACGUUUCCCGAGUGCCAGGAAGUAAACAUCGCAUUGUUUCAAUAUGUCAAGGUGGUCAAGCUGUAUUUCCGGUCGAAACUCUCGUGAAAAAUUUAGAUAUAUUCUGAAAUACCGAAAUAAAAGUUCCAAAUCUGUAGAUAUAAACUUGAAAAUAACACUCUAAAUAGUGUCUUGGAUUGUGAUUCGAACAAGAAUAUCACGAAAAUGAUAGGCUGAAAGGUGCCAAACUUAUAUUCGGCGAAAUGUAUGGCUUAGUGAUACAUUGUCGUACAUUGUUUACAUUAGGGCCAUUUAUACGGGACAAAAUAAGUCGCGUCUUACAUAAGACGCGUCUUAUAUAAGCUGAGUUAUCGCAUAAAUGGUUCUCUACGGAUUUAUUCUUAUUUACUUGCUAUAGCUAUAAUGUUGUUUCGGUUGUUUUUGUUCGAAUAUGCAAGGCUAAUAAUUUUACGUUGUUUCAAGUUUCGGGCAUGUAUAGUUAGAAUUUUUGUCUAAAAUUUCUUAUUUAAGACGCGACUUAAAUAAGAACAGCUAAAAGUCCUGUUCUUAUGUAAGACGCGUCUUAUCCAAGACGCGUCUUACAUAAGAAUUUUUUACCUUUUAUACGACAAACUCGCGUCUUAUUUAAGUCGCGUCUUAUGUAAGUCGCGUCUUAUUUUGUCCCGUAUAAAUGGCCCUAUUGUUCGAGUGUAUUGUAUAUACAUAUAGGUAUAGUAUGGCUAGUUUAUAUUUUAUGGCUAUUUUACAUUGUUCGAGUUUAUAGUGUCUUUCAAGCGGAAUUUUUUGGUGAUAUUUUUGUAUUUCUACUGCAAAUACUCGCGGAGUUCUUUAUAAUUACGUUGGAAAUCUCACGGCCGGACGGCAUUGAUAAAACCAUUUAUCGUAAACAGUUCGGAAACUUUCGUGCAUGCGCGGGCUUUAAUCUAACCAAAGAGCCUGUUCGCAGGAGAAGUGAACCGUCCACUCUUUACAACGAUAUAACGUUCCAAACCUCUUUCUAAACCUCUUGUCGACAGCAUAUGGAGACUACUGUUCCAGUAGACGCCAAAAAGCGCCUGUGGUCAUGAUAUAGUUUUGUUAUAAAUUAGCUUACACAUUUUAUUAAAAUAACUCAAUACCGUAUAAGUAUAAACAACUCGCAUCUUAUAUUGCCACAUCGUUAUAACUGUAAGAUGGAAAUGGGCUAUUGCAUUUUAUAUCCGUCCCCCCCCCCCCCUAUCGAGGAUCCCUGGAAUUCUUCAAGGGGUAAAGGGUUUUGAGCUUGGAAUUCUUCAGUGGUAAAGGGUUUUGAGCUUGGAAUUCUUAAGGGUUUUGAGCUUGGAAUUCUUCAAGGGUAAAGGGUUUUGAGCUUGUCUUAAGGGUAAAGGGUUUUGAGCUUGGAAUUCUUCAAGGAUAAAGGGUUUUGAGCUGGAAAUUCUUCAAGGGUAAAGGGUUUUGAGCUUGUCUUCAGGGGUAAAGGGUUUUGAGCUUGGAAUUCUUCAGGGGUAAAGGGUUUUGAGUUUGGAAUUCUUAAGGGUUUUGAGCUUGGAAUUCUUCAAGGGUAAAGGGUUUUGAGCUUGUCUUCAAGGGUAAAGGGUUUUGAGCUUGGAAUUCUUCAAGGAUAAAGGGUUUUGAGCUUGUAAUUCUUCAAGGGUAAAGGGUUUUGAGCUUGAAAUUCUUCAAGGGUAAAGGGUUUUGAGCUUGUCUUCAGGGGUAAAGGGUUUUGAGCUUGGAAUUCUUCAAGGGUAAAGGGUUUUGAGCUUGGAAUUCUUCAAGGGUAAAGGGUUUUGAGCUUGGAAUUCUUCAAGGGUAAAGGGUUUUGAGCUUGUCUUCAAGGGUAAAGGGUUUUGAGCUUGGAAUUCUUCAAGGAUAAAGGGUUUUGAGCUUGAAUUCUUCAAGGGUAAAGGGUUUUGAGCUUGGAAUUCUUCAAGGGUAAAGGGUUUUGAGCUUGUCUUCAAGGGUAAAGGGUUUUGAGCUUGGAAUUCUUCAAGGAUAAAGGGUUUUGAGCUUGGAAUUCUUCAAGUGUAAAGGGUUUUGAGCUUGAAAUUCUUCAAGGGUAAAGGGUUUUGAGCUUGUCUUCAGGGGUAAAGGGUUUUGAGCUUGGAAUUCUUCAAGGAUAAAGGGUUUUGAGCUUGGAAUUCUUCAAGGGUAAAGGGUUUUGAGCUUGUCUUCAAGGGUAAAGGGUUUUGAGCUUGGAAUUCUUCAAGGAUAAAGGGUUUUGAGCUUGUCUUCAAGGGUAAAGGGUUUUGAGCUUGGAAUUCUUCAAGGAUAAAGGGUUUUGAGCUUGAAAUUCUUCAAGGAUAAAGGGUUUUGAGCUUGAAAUUCUUCAAGGGUAAAGGGUUUUGAGCUUGGAAUUCUUCAGGGGUAAAGGGUUUUGAGCUUGGAAUUCUUCAAGGAUAAAGGGUUUUGAGCUUGUCUUUAAGGGUAAAGGGUUUUGAGCUUGGAAUUCUUCAAGGAUAAAGGGUUUUGAGCUUGGAAUUCGUCAGGUGCAGCGAGUUUACUACUCAAUCUUAGCCCCUGUGAAGACAAACUUGAAGUCUACAAAGCAUAAUUAUAAUACGCAUAGCAAGAAUAACAUGAUCAGUCAAGAGCAAGGUUAAUUUGUACAACAAUACCUUCUAUACGAAUUAACUUCGAGCGAUAUUCUUCCUUGAACGUAUGCAAAUUCAUUUAUCAUUUCGAGCGUUAGACAGAGUAAAAUAAUAAAGUAGGGCGCAAUGAAACGUAAUGGGACAUGGGUUCAUCUCAAAUAGUUGAAGAGAUUUGUAGAUGGGAAAUUCGAGUGGAAUUUUUAUACAUUUAUUAGACCUGAGAUCUCCGAGUUUAUUUAUUAACUUUACAAUCAUGUUACAUAAAAAAUACACAUAUACCGCUAUGAUUGAAGGAUUGGACAACAGAACUAGAAUCCCAUAGUUGCUAUAAGUCCAUCUAUCCAACACUAAAACACGACAUAUUACGGACUACAAACUGGACAACGUAAUACUGAUUUUACAGGCCUUUCCACCAUAUAAAACAUGCAAGAAUAAAUAGUAUACACUACUGUGAAAUUAUUUGGGAGGUUCAGAUUUGACGCCAUGUUUUCUUUCUCGCCUGCAGGUCACGUUCCCGGCAGUCAAUGGUUGGUUACAGUUGUUGCUCUCAAUGCAGUAAAUAUGGCGGACAUGGCUGACAGCAGUUUAAAUGAAGAAAUACGAGUUGAUAUUUACAUCGAUUGUGCUAUCCAGUUGAGGUCAACGCUGCCCAAGAAUUUAAAAUUCCUUGCAGUAAGUGUGCAGCAAUAUAGCAUCUGUCCUUCAUUAUCGUUGUUACGAAUUUAUUUCGUUUUCGAGUGUCUGAGAUCUUAUAUGAAUGGAAGACGUAUACAUGAAAAUUUCGGCCUAUGUUCCUGCGUCCUCCAGCGAAAUAUGCGGAAGAAAGUGUUGGCUCUGCCCAAACAUUUUCAAUUCGUUAUAUCAAUUGGUAAAACCAAAUUUAGGUACAAGCUAUCAUUCCCAAGGUGUCAUGAUUUAAUGAUUUAAGUGAUUCGUAUAUUUUGUAUCGUAGAUUUCGAAAAUAUAAACUCUCAUUUUGUGACAGGGACACUUUAAAUACAACAUAUAGAGCCAGGGAAUUCGCCGCAGGUUUCCCCAAUUACGGCGAUCCCUUAUAAACGAGAAUUAAAUUACGGUACAAAACAAAUUACAAAUUGAUAAUCGUAGUUAUAUCUCGCUACUACUGCAAAAUAUUGGCGCGUACUUGAGCAGGUUAAAACUUAAAGCUCAAGGUGUACUGUCUUAGUCUUUAAGAAAAAUACAUACAUGCAGCAAAGUUUUACACAAGUUAGGACAAGAACGGACACAAUUGCAUAAUACCAACGCAUAGAACUGACACCAAUUAGCAUUCCAUCUCAUCCAUCCGUCUAAUCAUAUUUCAUGGCAAGACAUGUCGAAGAUGUCAGAUUUUUACAUAUAUAGCUGCUUUUUUACGAUUUUUAAUAUCUUGCAUUUAGGAAGUUGCUUGUUAUAUUAUACGCACGGAUAGCGAGAGUCCUACGUAUCUGUACGUGGUACUUGGCUGAAAAUAAAGAAGUACCAGACCGUAAUAUUAACUUAUACCACCGACACUUCUAAUUACCAGACACACUUACUAAAGAUCCCAACAGACACACUAUUAUUUUCCUUCACUAUUUAACCUGAUCUCCAUCAGGCGAACACCAGUUUCAUAGUUAUCAAAGAUAGAGAGAACUUUAAAAAAUUUUGGUAGUGGACUCCCUUAACGGACAUUCGCAACGUUCCUCGUUGGUGUCCGGAGGUUCAAGUGUAUGUACAAUCUUGCCAGCACAUAGAACCAAAGGAAGUCUCUGAUUUCUUGUCAUAUUUUAGCGUUAUUUCCUGAGUCGUGCUCGAGAAUUGUGUAGUGGUCGAAGCUUGACGCUACCAUAUUCAUGCUGGUGGUUGUUUACUCCUGUUGGACAUCGUUUCUUUGUCAGUGGAGAGUGGAGCUGCAACAGCAGAGAAGCACAUAUCUGGAGUACUUCAAUAAUUAACGGUAUGACUUAUAUUCUAAUGUUUUUUCCUCACAUAUCGCUGCUGUACGUAAUAGUAGAGUUAUUCCGACAGUCUUAGGAUCAUUGAGACUACUGUGAGGAUUGAUGGAUUUUUCACAGUUAGGUUAACCUUACUUCCCACCACCCCAUACAAUACUCGUUCACGUCCGACUAACACAUUAUAGGAGAUACAUUUGCUUUUGUGUGCAUGGCCUUUGAUAGUUGUUUUAAAUAGAUGAGAUAGCUCUCAUUUUAAAAAGUGGUUACGGUGCUUGUCGGAAAUUAUUCUUCCACGGGAGUGGUUAAUGAAUAAUUGUAGGCUUGGUUCACGGUCAAGGGGAUUCCGAAUGGGGCUACGUCAGUGUGUGACUAUCCCUUUCAUUAAUUCGUCUAAACAUGAAAAUUCCUUGAAUGUUUGCAUGGCGAUAAAAUAGCACUGAUGAAGAUCCGGGCUUACGGAUCGAAAGCUUUGCAGUAAUAAAUUUACGUGGUGUUUCCACAAACAAAAACAAUUAUGAAAAUUCCUGUUAUGCAUUAAUCCGUGUUCACCUCAGAGGAAGCAUCCAACAUUUUUAGAAACAUUCACUAUGCCGCAUGGGAAGCAAUUUUGUAUUAGGGGGGUGUGCUGAUUAGUCAGGGGCGAUUAUUAGGUCAUUAUUUCCCUCUCAAACUUUACAGAUUAUCGCUAGUUUACAAAUUAUUGGAGGGAGGGCUUAAGCUCGAUAUCUACGGCCCUGAACAUUAUUUUAGCAUUAGGAAUCAUAUAGUCGUUCCAUAAUUUAUGUUAAUACUGUGCAUGAAGGGAAAUGGUGUGAUUGCAGUACAAUGGCGAAUUCUUCAUGUCCGAUAUUUUAUCUCUCCCUAGAUAACAAGCCACUGGCGAGUGUCACUCAGAAAUUUUGUGAAUUCUUGCUGGAACAAGCAAUGUCAGCAUUGCUGUUGUCAAAAGAUCAUAAUGAGUAUCUUGCAAAUACAUGGAACGCUGACGGCAAUUCAGGCAGUAAUCGUGCGCGUGAUUUAUUACAUACAUUGACUGAAUGUGUGAAUAACUCGAGAAAGUCUGGUAUUAAUAGGUAAGCAUGAACAACUGUAUUGAACUUUUGUCAAAACUUGGGCGUUUUUAUGAACUUUUUCCGUAGUAAAAUUAAUGUGUAUUGUUCGUCUUCGUCGACACUGUUUGAACAUUUUGCAAAGCGGUAUGAGUAUUUGGAAUAAACUUAUAAGAGAAAAUUAUAAAAUACCAGCCGAAAAAAGCAUUAUAUUUUCUUGGUUAGAUGCACAAUACUGGAUUACUUUCCAUACCAGACGUGCAAUUUGGUUACCCGAUGCUAUGGCGAUCGGGUCACGUGGCAUGUGCAUGCCACCGCCAGAUAAGCACUCGGCUUUGGAAGUGAUACUUGCCUGGAAGUGAUAUAUACACACGUAAAAACGCACAAGUUGUUACAAGUCUGCAAACAAGUUGUUACAAAUCUGUUCACAAGCUGUCGACAAGUUGUGUUCGCACUGCUUGUAAUGUUCCUAAUUGUUGUAACAAGUUUGGAACAAGCUGUUAACAACUUGUAACAAGCUUGAUGGCAUUAUCAGACUUAUUACAAGGUUCUAACAAGUCUGAUACAGUCAUGAUAUAACAAGAAUGUUACAAGGUUGAUGACACAAGGUUGUAACAAUAUUGUUAUGUCAUGACUGUAUCGGACUUGUUCAACAAGGUUGUUACAAGUUGUUAACAGCUUGUUCCAAACUUGUUGACAACUUGGGACAAGCAGUGCGAAGACAACUUGUUGACGGGUUGUUGGCAGACUUGCUACGCGUGUUUAUGAUGGAUUUUUACGCGUGUAUAUGAUGGUUGAUCCGGCAUGUCCUGGUCACCGUAUAACUGGUCAAAUCCGAUGCGUCCAGCUUUGUUAUAUUUUUACUUUCACAAAAGAGUAACGAUUUCAAGCAACAGUAACGAUUGUUAAAGAAAGAAGAGUUCGGUUACCCUGCGACCAAGCAACGUUUAUCUUAUAUAAUUUUAACGUUCCACGGUGUUUUCGUUUGGAUUAAUUGUUGUUGAUAUGUGUUGAUUCUGUGAAGUUUCUGAAUAACCGCGAAAAGACGUAUCAACUUUAUUUCCCAUACUUCAGCUUGAAACCAUGUAAUUUUGUGCAGGAAAUAAUUCUGUAUACUUGAUGUCUGUUCUUUUGAAAAACGUUUAUCUUGUAAGCUAGGCUUCUAACAAUUAACAAUUAAAUAUUCGUUCAAAACUCAUUGUUGCCUCCAGGCCCAUGCAAGAAAAUCGCGAUUUAGUUAUAUGAUUGGAAUAUUCAUUCCGGUACCUUGUAACCAAAACCUAAAUGUGUUGGAUUUUGUAGCGGUUUGGUCUUCGCGUUUGCAACAAGAAUUAUUAUAUCCCUAAUUGAAACCAACUGUUGUUGAUACAUGCAGUAGCUCAAUAAUUUUAGUUUCAAUAGUAAAUGGGUUUUUUUUGUUUUAUUAUCAAUUUAGAAACUUGAAAGUGUUUGGUGAUAUAACAACAUGGCCGUCUGAAGAACCUGAUUUGGUGGGAUGUUGGUGGGCAGCGUUGGGUAAGGUGGCCGCAUGUUGGUUGUUAGGAGAUGUUCACAGUGCUCAACAACAAUACAAGAUCAUUGAAAAUAUCCCGGAUGAAAUUGAAAAUAAUGAGUAAGUAUAUGUCUUUUGGUAGUGAAUGAUUCUGAUGUAUAUAGCGUAUAGUCACGAUCGAAAAGUUUAUCAAAGUAGUAAGGUUUAGAUUUGACUUCCACUAUACCACUACUGUUAUCGCUGCCUUUUACUAACUAAGACUAUAAGUGCGCAUGCAUGUGAUUGGUUAAUCGGGUAGAUUAACGAUUGGUUAAUCGGGAAGAUUAACCUUAUUUCAAACAUCAUUAAUAAUUCAUAAGCUGUAUAUUGGCAAAUCAUGUCAACCAUAAUAUGUCACGUGCAGUGGCUUUAAAACUGAUAUAACACUCCUAAUUAGUAUUUUUUAUAUAAAGAAUACUAAUAAGGCAGUAUCUAUUGCAGUCGUGUCCUCAGUAUUCUUUAUAUAAAGAAUACUAAUAAGGCAGUAUAUCUAUUGAAUUUGUAGUCGUGUUUGAAGCCGUUUAAUAAACUCGCAGUUUUUUAAACCUAAUAAAACACUCCUGCUCGUUUAUUAAACUUACCUCAUUGGUUAAUGGUCCCUUAAUGGUAGUGGUAGUCGAAUCUAAACCUCACUAGUAGCUUUUUCAAACCCAGCUGGUUGUCUUUACUAAUUAUUCAAGAAUGUGCAGUAUAUGUAGGUCAAUCUGUUUUCCUUUUUUCUCUCUUUUAAACUGGGCGUCUGUAACUAUAAUGUACAACCAAUUGUAUCUAAUGACUAAGCUUCCAUUUGUUCAGUAUCGUAUGUGCCUUUAGAUGCACGGCUAGAUUUCAAAGGUCCGGCCUGUGGUCUCUGUCGUGUAGGGUCGCCCACUUUCCCAGUAAUUGUGAAUUGUAGUAAUUAUAAAACACUCCUUUUUCUUAUGACGAAAAUAAGAGCCUAGCGUAAUACCUUGAAUAGAGCCAUACACACAAAUAUCAAUGUCAAUAUUUGUGUGUAUGGUUCUCUUUAAAGUAUUAUGUUGAGCUCUUAUUUUCAUCAUAAGAACACUUUCCCGCCCGGAAAUUAAAGUCGCCCGUGAAUAUAUUGAAUAAUGAAUCCCUUUCUAUUCGCAAUGUAGUGACCCACUUGGCCAAGCCUUGCUGAUGGCAUUUCGUGCACGAUCACGUAUGUUGGAGAAAAAUGGAAAAAAUCUUGAUAAUGCUCAUGAAAUCCUUGAGUACUGUGACAAAGGUGGAGCUCUUUUGAAAGAAAGUCUGGCAUUCUCAUCUCCUCAAAAGCAAAGUGAUUUACUCAAGGUAAUUACAUAUCAUAUUCGACAUAUGGAAAGCUAUAAGAAGUAUUGAACUGCAGAUAAGAAACUGAAGAGGUCGCAAUGAAAGUAUAAAUAUUUGCCAUCAAAGAAUUGAGCAGGGUUUUUAUAGCGUUUGAAAUAUAUGUGUAAACCAAGGAUCAAACAAGGAUGAGGAUGUAUGAGAGUUGGAUGUCACGCGAUCAUGGUUAGCUGUUCCUAAUUCUUCCCCAGCACUAUCAUGUAUUUUACUUAUUAUAAGUUAAACUUAAAACGUAGUUGAGACACUCAUCAAACCUCUAUUUUGUUAAUCCAGAGCUUGAAAUGCUUCCAGUAUACAACAAUUCGUGCAUGACUGCCAACUCUCAUCAACUCCCAUUCUCGUUUGACCGGGUGUAACACAGAUUUACUCUGUGUUUUUUUUUAAGUUAAUGCACUUGCUUUGCUGUGAUUGGCUUCUCUCAACUCGUGCUGAUGUUUGGGAGAAAGAAAAACUGGAUGGUGAACAGCACUCUCCUGAAGCCAGCAGACUGGAUGGUUUCGAUAAAGAUUUGAGAAGUUUACAAAACGUCGCUUCCUAUAUUCCAGAUGCUAUGUCCAAGGUUUGUAAGACAACCUAACUGCUCGUACUUGUAUUAACGUUUAUACAUUUAUAUUAUAUAAAGUAUAGUGCUUUAUAGAGACUUCGAGCACUGAUAAAAGUGAUAAUCUCACAUGUGAGAUGAAAAUUAUCGCAUUUCAUUGAUCGCUUUUCUGUAGAAAUUAUCGCUUUUCAAAGACUGUCCUUUAUAUGCGCUCACUCGUGAGAUAUCAUGUUCAACACUCGAAAUAAAUCUGGUAUUUCCGCGCACCCAUGUAUUAUUUUCUAUAUAUUUUACUCCGUGUCAGUGAAAUAUUACACUGAUGUAAGUAAUGACCGAUAAUCGGUAUCGGGCCGAUUUUUUCCUUAUCGGUAGACAAUCGGAAUCGGUAAAAUUGUCUAUAUUUCCGAUUGUGUAAAACCGAUUGUUGAGAAAAUACGCAUCUUAAAAAAUUAUAUGCAUUCAUGACGUUACGUUCUAACGCAAUAUGUUAAAUUAUAAUGCGUGAAGCGUGCCAUUCAUUAACGGUUUCAACGAUCUUUGGUUGCAUUAACAUGUUAUAUGACAAUUAUUGUUAAAAAAUCGACAUGAAGACGUCACCUUUACUCGAUGGACUGAUAUUAUGACGUCAUUAUAAAAUCGGAAUCGGGUAGUUUGUGGCAUGAAUAAUCGGUAAUUUCCGAUUGUUGCACAAUCGAUCAAUCACUAGAUAUAAGUUGUUAUGCAACAACCUGCAGAACUGAACAAUGUAAACACUUUAGGUUCUUUAGAUUAAAUGUUUUCUUUAAGCUUGACGAGAAUUAAUGUCAAGGGUUUUCUGUAAGUGAAAUAUGUUGAAACACCCGAGCCGGUCAUGCAUCUUCGACUUAUCCGAACAUCUUGAAAUAUGCAAAGUUUUGUGCUGAAUGGUGAAAAUUUAUUUGUAUUUCAGGUGUACAUGUACCAAGCGGCAUGCAGGAUGAUGGCAGAAGCUAACCCCGUGAAAACACAAAGAUUAUUACAGAAAAGUGUUAUGCGACAACGAUCUGCUAACGAAGAAAAAGGUAAGUACGCACCAGCUAAUCCUUGUUUGGCGCUAUUUAUUUACUGGUACUGUUCUCUGAAUAAUCUGAAUCUGCAGUGUCAGAAUGCAUAUUAAACUAGUGUUUCUUAUCUCUGAGGAUGGUUCUGAAAUUGAAACACCGCGCAUAUCUUUUGAAUAAUUUAAACCAGAAUUCGUUAAAAAGACUAUCAGUUUAUCUAUAGUCUGCUGAGCUGUGCGUCACCCAUAACAAUCAAAUAUCGAAUUAAGGUACCAUGUACUACUCUUAUCAACCAAAUAGUGUUGCGAAUACAAACGGCAUGAUUUUAACACUUUAUCAGUGAACUGCAUCUAAAUCAAAGCAUGAAUAAUGCAAGGGGUAUUACACAUGCAGCAUUUAAAAGGUGGUUACCUUUGCUUCUCGAUUCAAAUGAGAUGAUAUAGCUGGUCAUUAUUUGUAUCAAAAGUUAUCAAAAUGUUUCCAUUACUUACUAAAAAUACCCCUCAACAUUCGCCGUAUUCAAAAUAAUAGAUAAUUAUACAUGAAAUGCUGUUGCUUUGAUGUAUAAUUUCCAUCGUGAAAGUGCGAACACAUGCCAAAUUUACAAUGCUCGCGCUUGAAAUAAUAAGAGUGAACUCUCUUGAAAUAGUCACUGUAGUUACACGAUAGGAUAGCCAAUCGACGAUAGCUGUGUACCAGAGGUUCUUCCGCGCUUGCAAACAACGCUCGAGUUCGUAAAUGGGAUAAUAGAGGAUAGACAAUUAUCCCCGUCUAUCCUCUAUUAUCCCCCUUUACGAACACGAGCAUUGUUUACGAGCGUGGAAGAACCUCUGGCACACAAAGGGUAUCGAUUGGCCAGAAGCUAAUAAACUCCGCUAACGUAGUUACUCGCAUCAUAACAAUAUAUGGUUCCCGCGUAAACCUAAUUCACCGCUGACGAUGAACAUUAUGAACAGAUGCCUCCGAAGACAUCUCUAUAGGAGUUUAAUAGGUGUUAGAAAAAACCCUAACCUUGCAUGGCUGCGAAAGAGACUAAUAUAAAUUUUAAUACUUCGAAGAAAAUGUUCGACUUUAUAUCAUUUGAAUAUUAUAGACGACGCACGGAUAAUUAAUUAUGUACAAUUUUCUUAGAAGCUGUCCCAGAAUGCAGUGUUUCAGCAGAGAAAGACCGAGCAAAUGCACUAGUCAUGGCCAGCAGUCAUCUGCCUACGUCAUUAUACUCGAGCAAUGCAGAACGUAAAGAUAUGAUCAUUGAAGCAGUGGAAUGUCUGCAGAAAUUUGGAGAGAAAGAUCGUAUAACACGAUGUCGAAAACUUGUCAUGAGUUUCUGAUACAAAACAAAACGUUCGAGGUGACAUAUACUAUGUAUAUAUAUACUAGAAAUACAUGCAUGCAAUAACCCCUCGCCUGUUUUCAAAAGAUGUAUACUCAGUGCCGUUGCUAGCACUUCGUCUCAGGGGGUGUGUGAGGUUAGAUAGAGGGGGGGGGUGGUUACCAAAAUGUUUCCAGAUGUACAAAAAAUUUUCAGGACAUAUAAUAAUUUUUCCGAAAAUACAGUUGUUUUCCAAAUUCACUUUCUCAUGUCCUGAGAAUUACCUGAAUUCCCCUGAAAAUCUUCUGCAAAUCUACUUAAAUUUACCUAAAAGUGCACUGGAAAUCUACCUGAAAUUCCUCAUGAGCAAUUAUCAGGGGUGUUGCACCCCCCCCCCCCCCCACCAGUGAGUUUCACGCAUUCACGCAAACACUCUCUGAUUUAUUGUUCGUGUAUUUCAUCUCCCAAAAUUUUGUGCAUCAUACUAUAGAGCAUUUUGCUGUUGUCAUGGUCUAGCGUGGUUCAAAUUUAUGAAUUUUUAUCAUAUAAAGUAUAGUGUUUUAUGUACUAUUUAAAACACGAGUAGGAGUGCAGCCGAGCGUUAUAUAUCUGAUAAAACACGACAACGAGUAUUUUGAAUAGCUUAAAAUACGACUACAAAAGACUACUAAUUAGGAUGAACCAUAGUAUAAUCAUGCUAAUUAAGAUGAACAAUUAUAUAAUGCCACAUGUGUUUUAUCAGAUAUAAAGUCACUCCACGUGACAUAUUAUUGCUGACAUGUUUGCCACAAGGUUUAUGAAUUAUUAAUGAGUAUUUUAAAGAGAUUUCGAGCACUGAUAAAAAUGAUAAUCUCACAUGUGAAAUUAUUCAUGAUAAUCUCACAUGUGAAAAUUAUCGCCUUUUCAAUUAUCGCUUUUCUGUAAAAAUUAUCGCUUUUCAAAGACUGUCC